CCGCUCAAAUCCUUCCGGCGGUCUAAAUGUCUCUCCCACUUCUCAAGUGGACGUUGUCUCCACUUGUUGCGCCUGCGCCCUGUGUUCCCGCGCGAAUCAUCUUCUGUAGCAAAAUGUCAAGAACUCCUAGGCGAACUCCGCCUUCCAACCCUAACCCAGGCUCUCAAGAAAAUCCCAGUGGGGAUUCUGCGGCGGAACUUCGCGUAUUUAUUAGGAGAAAGAGAGUGAAGAAGGCAGUGGAAAUUGUUGCCAACGAGAUUGAGAAAGAAUCUCCAAAUAAAAAAGUUCUUGGACUUCCUGAUAUCGAGGAUUUUUCUUAUAGGAAGGAUGCCAUCAAUUCUCAGUCAACACCUGUCUCAAGUGAAGGCAUGAUUGGGAAGGAAGUUCUAUCCUUAAGCCAAAAAACAGUACAACCACCUCCCAACUGGGAAAAGGUCCUUGAAGGAAUCCACAAAAUGAGGUCUUCUGAAGAUGCUCCUGUGGACUCCAUGGGGUGUGAGAAAGCCGGGAGUUCUCUUCCUCCCAAGGAAAGAAGAUUUGCUGUCCUUGUAUCUUCACUCUUGUCCAGCCAAACCAAAGACAAUGUUACACAUGGAGCUGUUCAGCGUCUCCUUCAAAAUGGUUUACUUACUGCAGAUGCUAUCGACAAAGCUGAUGAAGCCACCAUCAAAAGCCUGAUAUACCCUGUUGGUUUUUACACGAGAAAGGCUAGCAACAUGAAGAAAAUUGCUAAAAUUUGCCUCUCAAAGUAUGAUGGGGACAUCCCUACUACAUUGGAUGAGCUGCUUCUACUGCCAGGGAUUGGGCCUAAGAUGGCUCAUCUUGUUAUGAAUGUUGGAUGGAAUAAUGUCCAAGGGAUAUGUGUAGAUACUCAUGUGCACCGUAUAUGUAAUCGGCUGGGAUGGGUGUCUCGUAUAGGGACGAAACAGAAAACUAGAACUCCUGAAGAGACUAGAGAGUCCCUGCAACUAUGGCUUCCAAAGGAAGAAUGGGUUCCAAUCAAUCCUCUUUUGGUGGGAUUUGGACAGACUGUAUGUACACCUUUGAGGCCUCGCUGUGGAGUCUGCACGAUAAGGGACUUGUGUCCAUCUGCGUUUAAAGAGGCAUCAAGCCCUUCUCCUUCUUCCCGGAAGAAGUAACAGGUCAUAAGACGUGGUAAGGUCUGGGAAGAGUGUAGUUUUUCCUGGCUUCCUCGAGCUGUCUCACAUGUAUUUUGAACGAAUAGAUGAUGCAGGAUAAUUAGGUCCACUGUUUUUGGUCUGGGAAACGGUUAAUGUACAGUGCACGAUCAGUGUCUGAACUGGUAAACUUAGGUAUGAAGAUUUUGGUAGUACUACAUAUCUGCUGCAAGAUGGAAGACGGUGAUUGACUGAUUGGUGAGGAGUGGCGGCUUUCAUUUCGUGAAUGGUUAAGCGAGCAGGGACCGGUGAGGAUCACAAAUGAUUUGAGCAAAGAGAUAGGCAAAAGAUAACCCGAAGGAUAUUGUUGGGAGAGAUAGAGAACCAAAGAAAAAUUGCGAGGUGGGAUUUGUCUGUGUAACAAAUGGUAUGUAUUUAAUCCACAUUUGAACCCAACACAAAAACAGCAAUUUAUGUUGUAUGAUGGUAUUUUGUU